GAGCGUCGAGGUUGCGCGUGUGCCAUGAGGGCCAAUCGAGCUCGAAGUUGAUCCCAUGGCCAUGUGUCCUUAAGCUUUUGCGUAAUGAUGACACUACAGUGCGUCGGGCAGCAGACCAGCUGCCAUCGUAAUAAAACGUAGAAGUACAGCUCAACGACAGCCCAUCGAUCCAAGUUCCAUCCAACACAUCCAUACAAAAUGGCAUUCUACCCGACUCGUCCCUCCAACAUGAACAUGGGCGCAUUCCACCCCACCCGCCCACGCUUCAACUCCCCUGCAAACGGCGGUGACUACGCUGGCAAGGCGGGUAACCCCUCUUCUCCUGACCCACGAAAGGGCGCUGGUGGUCGUGUUGGGAAUUUGCUCAAGAUUGUUGCUGCGACAGCUGUUUUGGGAACUGGUUGGUACUACAUCUACACCGCUCCAUACCGUGCCGUCGAGGCUGAAACCCCUAUUCCUAAAUCAACCUCCAAGGCCGAUCUCAGGAAUCACGUAUGAAGGACAAGUGUACGUACGAUAUGUGGCUUUCAGGGAGCAUUUGGCAUUUUAUUAGACAAUUUGAAAAGGGAGGCAUGAGGCUCCUGUGUACGAUAAUAUGAACGAUGUCACCGAUUCACCGG